UGAACAGUAAGCGUUUUCAAGCCAGGACCAGCGGAACGGGCCGGAAGAGCCUGAUCCCCUGAUCCGGGGUUAGAUUUCGUUCCUGCGUCUCUUGUAUGCCUUGGUAGUGGGCUUUCAGGACACCCGGCUGCAGUCGGCACACGGUUCACCCCUUUGUGGCGCGGACCCCCCACCCCCGCCCUGGCGCUCCCCUCCCCCGCUGCCCAGUCCCCGGCUCUUGGGGAACAAUCGCGGCUGAUUGAGGUUCACUCUGUUAGGCUGCAAAACUGGGCUGUUAUUUAGGAAGUCAUUAAUCACAUCUCCUCCCCCGGAAAGAGAUGGCGGAGAAACCUGUGAAGUACUAUUUCUUACCAGCCCUCUCUAAAAUGUUCUGGAAAGAUAAACCUAAACAGUUUAAAGUGGUGAUAAUUUUUCUGAUGAAAUUUUAUUUUAAAUUUGAAAAUCAGUUGAGUUUACAAUUAGGGAAUCCCCUUCUUUGUAGUGUAAGUUACCAUUAUCUAAAGUUUUAAUACAGGGUAUGUAAUUAAGAUUAAUUUGUUUUAUACAUUACAUAUUUUCUUCUAAUUAAAUUAAGUAUGAAACGUAGUGUCCCGAGCAGGUUUAAUGAUAUGGAGUGGCCGAAUUCUUAAGGGCAAAAAACCUUAACGUGUGUUGCUUUAUUUAAAUGCCUGUGCUAUGAGAUUGUUUAGACGGGCUUGUGUGUGGGGCACCGUGUGCACAUACACGACUGCAGUUUUUCUAAAUGGACGAUUCACAAGGAACCCUCCUCCAUUGUGCCUAAAUAGAAGGAUGAAACCAGCAUUUCAGAUUUAUCUGUAAAGAAGCACCUCAAAUGGUCUUUAAGAUGUUUGAGUUUUUGGUGCUCAUUCAUAAAUUAUUUUGAUGUCAGCACAGAUGAAAUGGCGAUUGGUUAUCUCUUCCUCUUGCCGGCCCCUUAAGGGUCCGAGGUGAAAUUAGUAGCAAGAAAGCAUGUAAUUGACAAAGUCACGUGUGCUCAGGGGGCCAGAAACUCGAGAGAGAAGAGAAAAAAAUCAAAAGAAGGAAAGCACGUUAGACCAUGCGAGCUAAAUUUGUGAUCGCACAAAAUCAAGAUGUUAGAUUGAUGCCGAAGAGCGCGCCGUUCCAAAGGGAAAGUUUUCAUCUCUCGAGUCGGGAGCAGAGGGCCCGUGGGGCAACAUGGCCGAAGGCGGGGCAGGCAGAGGUGGCGGAGAAGAGCCCGGGAAGCUGCCGGAGCAGGCAGGGGAGGAAUCCCAAGUUUUGCACGGGACUGGCCACUGUAAGUGGUUCAAUGUGCGUAUGGGAUUUGGCUUCAUCUCCAUGAUAAACCGAGAGGGGAGCCCCCUGGACAUUCCGGUGGAUGUGUUCGUACACCAAAGCAAACUAUUCAUGGAAGGAUUUAGAAGCCUGAAGGAAGGAGAACCAGUGGAAUUCACCUUUAAAAAAUCUUCCAAAGGCCUUGAAUCACUACGGGUAACAGGACCUGGCGGGACUCCCUGCCUGGGAAGUGAGAGAAGGCCCAAAGGGAAGACACUACAGAAAAGAAAACCAAAGGGCGAUAGGUGGAGACGGCAGGAUUUACUGAUGGAUCAGAAGUGGACUGUGGGAGAAGAAGAGUCCAGGAUGACUCCAAGAUGCUACAACUGCGGUGGCCUUGAUCACCAUGCGAAAGAAUGCAGUCUACCUCCUCAGCCAAAGAAGUGCCAUUACUGUCAGAGCGUGAUGCACAUGGUGGCGAACUGCCCCCUUAAGACUGUCGCCCAGCUGCCUGCCAGUUCUCAGGGAAGACCGGAAGCGGAACCCCAGCCCUGCACCUCGGCCUCUCCGAGAGCCGGGGGAGGCGGGCCUGGCCGCACCUCCCCGCCUCGUCCUCCGGAGGCCAGGGCGGGGGGCCCGGAACGGCCGGGCAGGUCCCCGCCAGAGGCUUCCUCCGCCAAGGCGUCUGCAGCCUCAGAAGAGCCGAGCAAGAAGGGGCCUUCGGUUCAGAAAAGAAAAAAGACAUAGCCCUGCUUCCUGCUGCGUUCUCCUCCCGGCUGGGAGGUCUACCUCGUGCAAGUGCAGGGAAGCAGCAUUCAGAGAGAGCAGCCUGGGAUGUUUAACUGCUGUGAGAAAUUGUGGAUUUUUAACAGACAAAUCACUCUAAGCAAAUUGCAUUUGAACAAGUUGUCAUGUUUUGUGUGUAAUUCAGAGACUAAGAUGCUAUAUAUAUCAAUAUAUGCACACGUGAGGGGGCGGAGCCUAAAUCUGUGCGCAGGUGUUUAAGGAACCUCCUAGGAUUGCAGACAUAUACAGAGAGGGUUUCUGUGUGUGUGUGUGUGUGUGUGUGUGUGUAUGCAUAAGCACACCCGCCCUCACAGAAUCGGACAUCUCUAAGACACUGAAAAGCCACGUGAAGUACUUAAGAUGGUUUAGAAAAUAAUCCCUUGAGUUUUUCUUAAACUAUCACUUUUUUAUAUUACACAACAUGAAAACAUGACUGUUACCUUUUGUGUGAACCAAAGGAAACUUCAGAUCUCAAAGCUGCCAGUCUAGGGUACUAAGGGUUUGUAAGACAUCCAGUUUCUACCAAGUUUGGGAUUGCCUUUUUCUUGCUAUGUAUGGAGUGAUUUUUUUCUCCCAUUUGAAGGUAGUACCUUAACUCCACAUGCCUCUGACUGCCAUAACUGUUUUGAUUCUGGAAUAUAUAGCUCCAGAAGAGACAAUGAAUGUGUAGUUUCUGUGCCGACAUUUCAGUGUUUUUAAUUCUAUAUUUUGAUUGUAAAUUACAUGCCUAAUAAGAGAAACAAAGGGGAGGGUAAUGUAUAAAUGUAGUAAGUUGGUGAUUUUCAGUGGUAUUUUGAUCCGAGCUCGUUAUAAUCUCUAACAUGUUCUGAGAGUUUUAGGGGUUGUGGCAACAGCAGCUCCCCUUAAUUCAGUCAGUCUUGAUCCAUUGCCAAGUGCAGGGAGUCCUCCUUAUUUACUACUGAAGACCUUUCCGGAAAACUCCAAUCAUAUGGUCUGUAUUUUUUGGUGGCUAUUUUUACUCCCUUUGAAGAGUUCUCCAAAAAGCAGCAUGAAAGUGAAAAAUAAAAUACUGGGGUUGAGAGUAAAAAUUAAGUGGAUACUCAGAACUGUCCAGUAGAUUUGACCUGUGAAAGAUACUAAACCCUAGUGUUUGGUGGCAGGCAACUACAGUGACAGGUCUGGACAGAGUACUGAAGCCUCUCCCACCACGUAGCUGGAAGUGUCUUACCCAGUAGCAUUGAUCUGAUGACUGUUCCCCUCAGUACUUUCAGAGAAGGAACCCGAAAAGGGGGGUUCGGGGUGAACAUCAGAUGCUACUUCUCAAGCUGAUUUUCAUUACCAUGACAAACUGGAUAGGGACCAGUCACAGUGUCAGUCGCUUUAGGUUUCAGUCAUGAAAAAAAAAAUUAACCUGGAAUCAUCCUGUUUUUAGACAUUAUAGGCAAAUUUCUGAAAAUCUCCAAAAAGGUACCAAUUAGUUAGAAUGCUUACUACUGGCAAUAAGUAUAGUUUUGUAUGCGCCUGUUAAUGUAAGCUCAGAUAAUCAGCAAGAAGACCACUUGACUCCGUAAGAUAACUCUGCUGGACCGUUCUGCUCCCUUUUGUGCUGUCCUGCGUGGGUGCUGAUAAAGGUGCCGCUGUUCCAGCAGGCCACCAGAACAGCGUGCCUGGGCUGGGCGGCCAGUCCUCAUCUCUCAGCGCGGAGUUCACAGCACUGUUUACGGGAUCUCCAUGGUGUGUACUGAAGUGUCAGUGUGCCGCGAGGCCUGCCUUUGACGAUAUUGAAUGUGAUGUAGCUGUAGAGAAGUAUUUCCCUACGUGAGGAUUACAAGCUUAUUUAAAUUAUAUAGACAAAUCAAAGUGGCAUUGCUUAAUUUUUAGCAGGUAUAACAAGCAGGUUAACAGUAAAAAUGUGAAAUAUGACAAGUCACUUUGACAAUUCAAACCAAAGUUCCUUGACUCUGUAGAAAUAGGAAAUUAUGGACUUGAAAAUUGGGCAUUCCCUGUAUAUAUAUAUAUAAGAAGUUCAGAGCUGAGAUGAUGGUAUGAAUGGAGAACUGUGGCCCUUGUAGGUACCAUUUUAAAUCUGUCUCAGCAUCUGACUGCACCGACCCACUAAGAGCAUACACCAAACCUAUCAAUGGUAAAAGUUGGAGUUUAUUUUUUUAUAUGAGAACACUGUCACUAUUACAUAACGUACUCAGGACAAAAGAACUUUGCUCAGGGAACAUUCCAUAUAAUGUUGCUAUUUCCUACAGACUAGUCUACAGUCCUGCUUACUCAAAACAAGCCAGAUAACUUAGACCUUUAUGUAAGUACAUGUACUUGAUGUUAGUAACUACCUCUGAGUUAGGCCAUAGAUCAGAAUCCUGAAUGUCAGGUAUCAGUUCUGUGUUUAUUUCCUGUGAAAAGUCCUCCAAAGCAGAAUUCCUUUACUCUUGCAGAUGUGAAUAUCACUGCUACUGUUCAUGCACAUGGUGAAUAUUCUGUUUACAGCACAGGGCUACCUCAUUGUUGAUACAAAGCACACCUCGAUGCUGCUCUAGCCUUACAGAUGACUGGGAAUUCUCUGGUACAGAAUCUUUUUUAUCUGUAUUAUAGAUAGCAAUUCAUAACUGCAUGUUUUGGACAAAUGUGUUUGAAUAAUGAAGAAUCUCACUUUAAUUAGCAAAGUCUCCAAGCAUUUCCUUAAAGUUAACCAUGUAUUUAGUUUUAAAAACUAUGGGCACUCUUUGGCUUAAGCAAACCAGAACACAAGCAAUCUUAGAAAUAGCUGCUUUGCCCAAAGCUUGGGAGGGGGGCGGGUUCAGAAAGGUUAGCAGGCGGAGAGGUUGGUGUAUGAGUAUACGGUAAUCACACCAAGCAAGUUGUAUAUGAAAUAUGCCAAACUCCUUCAUUUACACAUCUCCGUUGCCCCAGGCAGGUAGUUAGCACUGGCUUGCCAAGGAGUGAACUUCAAGUGCAAUGCCAUUCGUAGCUACUGAGGAAAAGGGUCUGUGGGAAGCACUGGCUUGUAGGAGUUACUCCCGGUGAGCGCUAGGUCUGUGAGUUAAGCUGCCUCUUGAACUCAGCCUCGUGUCAGCACAAAUCUAAUUCUUGAAGAUGCACUGCCAAUCUCUGAGCCCCGUGAGCUGUUGUUUUGUUUAAAGGCAGAUUAUAGUGAAAGCAUUUUUAUACUAGCAUUUGUAGCCUUUGGAUGUAUUUUUACAGUUGAAAGACUUAGAAUGGUUUUUACCUGCUUACAACUUGGAAAUUCCGCGUGCAAUGUAAAGAAAAAGAUCAAGAAACAUCAUGUUAUUAGCAUCAGCCCAAUUUGAUUGCCAGUAUUGUUCUGUAUUCUGGCUCAGUUUUAUUUUGCACCAGUGCAGCCCCAAGUUACUGCUGGUUGUAUUUAGUUUGUGAAUAGAAGCCCAUAAGUGUUAAUAAAGUUUGUAACAUUCACUUUAAGAUGGAUUAUUCAGAACAUGGGAAAUCUCAUUAAGUCUUAACGUUAAUUUAAAUUAAUUUAUCUGUUUUCCCUAAGAAAUGUUUAUCAUAAAAUAUAUAUGUGCAUUUUCCCUUUGGUUAUAAAAUUUGGGAAAAUAUGCAGCCGCACUGACUUUAAUUUUCUAGAUGUCUUAAUGAGGUUUGUUUUAGAAAGGAAUGACUUGUUGAGAGCAUCAAAUUUUGUCUAACUUAACUGUCAGCAGCCUGUUUAAGAUUUGGUUGUGUGAUCUGUGUCCUAGUUUUUCUGUUAAGAGUGACAGGUUGACCUAGGCUUCAUUGUUAAAUUUUAUGUUUGGAACGAAGCUGCAAAGUUAUGGCAAAGUACUGUACUGUGAGAAAGUAUUAUGAUAUUUAAUACAUCUGUGGCUGUUCCCAGCUUGAUAAUGAUGGUGUUGACUACCUCUUUAACCCCAUCUCUCAACCACUGGCACCUACCACCAAGCUGGCUUUAAUAUAAUUAACACCUUUACCAUACUAGAGACCAAAGUGAACCCUAAUUCCUGUCUUUAAUACAGUGUUUUAUCUAGUGUUUUAAAAUUAUACUGUAUAGUAUUUAGAUUUAACCUCAUUGUCCAUUUUGAUUCAUGUUGUUUACAAGUGAAAAUUUUAAAAACCAGUCGAACUGUUUUUAAAGAACAAAAAGGGGUUGAUGGUGAGAAUGGCACUUCACUCGUGUUCAGUCACCUCGAUGGACUAAAGUGCUGUUUGUCUUUCUGCAAUGUGGGUUUAUAUUCUCAUUUCAUGCUAUUGUCUUACUCUGUUAAUUAUGGAUAUUUUGAGGCUUACAAAGUACUUGAUUAAAAAAUAAACAUAUAACAUUGACUUUUAUUAUGGAUUUUGGAGAUUGUCAUGAUUUAUGUGAUUGCUAACUUGAAUAAAUGGAUAAACAGUCACUUAGGCAGAGAUUGCAGCAAUGGAAGCAUAAGCUAUCGUUGCAGAGAGCGGUAAUUAUUAGCAUUGAACUUACUUAGGACAGUACAAAUAAAAAGGAAAUGUGGGUCUUUAUCUUAGGGAAGUGCCCUGUACUAUUUAGAAGGAAUUAUGCAAACUUGUGAAUCAAAACAUACCUUUUGUGGUCAACAAGAGUGGCCUGGAGCCAGGGAUCUAGCUCAGCUCAGCGCCUACCUUGCAAGCAUGAGGUCCUGAGUUCGGUUCUUGGUAUCUCCCUGCCCCACAAAAAGAGUGGCCUGAAGUAAAGUUUCCAAGCCUUUCGGAAGAUCAUUUUAGACUUUUCUUACACAUUUUUUUCCUAAUAAUUAUAAAGAAUUUGAAAAAGACAAUCAUAAUCAGGGUACACGGGUACCAAAUAUCUAAAAUGUGAAUUUACAUUCCUUAAACCUGCACGGCAGUCAUCAUGUGCUGUAAAAACAAUUUGGUAAAAUUUGAACAUGUUGUAAAAACAGUUUGGCAAAACUUGAUUUCUACAGGUUGGCCAAACCCAUAAUUAAAACUCAUUUGCUUCUCUCUA